AUGUAUAUCAAACUGGCUUGUUUGGCAUUAGUACUCUUCGGUGUUGCGUCAGCAACAUCGGAGAAUCGACUAGUAGGCGGUACCCCCACCACCAUACGGGAGUUCCCCUACAUAGUGGCAAUCACGUACCACUACCCCAGCAUAGGAUUGACCAUCCAGAGAUGCGUUGGCUCCCUCGUCUCAUCCUGGCACGUUCUGACAUCAAGUUUCUGUUUCACUGGUGCCAACUUGAACAAUAUGCUCGUACGAGCCGGCUCUUCGUAUAGUUUGUCUGGCGGCAUAGAGGUGCCAAUUAGAUCGGUCGUGCAGCACCCCGACUAUGAGGCAGCUCCCCGGACUGCGGACCUAGCGGUGGUGUUUCUCGCCAAUGCUCUCCCCAUUACUGGAGACAUCAAUGUCCUAUUUAUACCCGCGCCUGGCACUUACAUACCAGACGGGCAGGAGGUAAAGAUAGUCAGUUGGGGAUUUGAAUCGGAGCCCGGUCCCGGCAGCGUGCAGCUGAAUUCCCUGAAAAGUAUAUUAUUGAGCAAAAUACCUUUAGAUGCUUGUGAGGCGAUUUAUGAAAAUUCCGAGGGAGUCAGCAUCGAUGAAGCCGUGAUUUGCACAAACGCAAUAGGCAGAGGUACUUGUUUCGGAGACUCGGGCGCACCUGCCGUCAUAGGGGAUGUUUUAGUGGGUGUCUCGUCAUUUUACCAGGAGUGUGGCAAUGACAACUAUCCCGACGUUUUGACCAGGAUUGACAAAUACACGGACUGGAUUGUCCAAGUGGCCACCGCCCCUAACAGGGAAGGAACACCUCUAAAAACCGCUAAGGUUUAUUGA